CAGACAAUUGUUCCACGAGAACUACUGGACCACUACUUGAGCAUGGUUGAUGCCACCAGAGCCCAGACGACAGACACAGAGAUAACAAAACAUUGUGCAUACAGUUUUCCAGCUGUUGCAUUCGCUCUUGGAAGGAAUCACUGGCAGCUCUUGAAACCUGUCUUUCUGAAGCUUGUUCGAGAUAUGCAGUGGAAGGUCAGGCGUACAUUAUCAUUCUCCUUGCACGAACUGGCCAUGGUCUUGGGCCCCCAGCUCACCGAGACUGAUCUCUUGUCUGUUUUUGAUGAAUUCCUCAAGGACGUUGAUGAUGUCCGGGUAGGUCUGCUCAAACAUCUGGCUGACUUCUUCAAGUUGUUGGAGGUUGAUGUACGAAGACAGUACCUGCCAAAGAUUGCCGACUUUCUCAUUACUGACAACUCACGCAACUGGAGGUUCAGAGUUGAUCUGGCAGAACAGCUGAUCAAAUUGUUAGACCUCUUCUCAUCAUCCGACGUUUUUCAUCAUCUAUCUCCCAUCGCGUUCAAACUGGCAGAGGAUAGCGUCGCUCAAGUCCGACAUACCUCCGUUUCUGUGUUAGAAGGAAUGAUAAGGAAGCCUCGAGAUGAGAAUGACAAGGACAUUGAAGAACUGUGGAUGGCUUUCUUCAACAGAGUUAACAACUUUCACCUCUCAGAUAGUUUUUUCAGGAGGCAGCUUUUUGCACAGAUAUGCAGCAAAAUCUGUGAGAACAGUGGCCUGCCAUGCGAACAGUUUGCAAAUCUUUUUCUUCCUGGUUUGCACAAACUGUCAAUGGACAAAGUGCCUAAUGUGAGAUUGGCAGUGGCUGUUUGUAUGUUCAAGCACAUGGUUCAUCAAGACUUUUUCAUCAACUCAACGUACAAGAGGAGGGCAGACUUCAUGGACAUGAUCCAUCGGUUGACAUCAGAGAAGGAUCGUGACCUGCUUUUCAUCAUAGGCACGUACGCACCCAAUUACUUACCUCCUCCGCCUCCACCCCCAU